UCCCCUGCGGGAGAAACCAUCUCCUCCAAGGGGGAGAGGGGCGGGGCCGGAGACCGCCUGCACCGGAAGAGGAAGUUGCGUCGGCAAGUGGCAGGCAUUCUGGGUAAUGGUCUGUUUACUUCCUGCGGCCGUGGAGACCGUGACCAUCUGUCGCCGGGUUUUGUCGUGUCGGUGAGGAUGGCCCUGGAGACGGUGCCGAAGGACCUGCGGCAUCUGCGCGCUUGUUUGCUGUGUUCGUUAGUCAAGACUAUAGACCAGUUUGAAUAUGACGGGUGUGACAAUUGUGAGCCCUACUUACAAAUGAAGGGCAACAGAGAGAUGGUGUAUGACUGCACCAGCUCCUCAUUCGACGGAAUCAUUGCGAUGAUGAGUCCAGAAGACAGCUGGGUCUCCAAGUGGCAGCGAGUCAGUAACUUUAAGCCAGGUGUAUAUGCUGUGUCAGUCACUGGCCGCCUGCCCCAAGGAAUUGUUCGGGAGCUGAAAAGUCGAGGAGUGGCCUACAAAUCCAGAGACACAGCUAUAAAGACCUAGGCAGGUGCAGCCCACAGUGUCUUGCUUUCUUUCUGGCCUGUGCGUGUUUUCCUGUGGCGCUAGAGAGGCGGAACUUCAAAUACUCCCUACCCUCUGCGUCAGGUCGGCAGACCCCCAUGAAAGCAGCACCUCCAGCCCUUGAGUCAUUUCCCUUUCUCUGACAACUGGUGAAGCGUGAGCGUCUGGGUUAGUGGACUCGAGACUGUAGGAAGGAGAGAGUAAGAUGCUGGUUUUUCUACCUCUGCCCAAGCUGUUGCCUUUGUCUGUGGGCAAGACUUAGGUUCAAUACCAAUAAAAUGAACUUUUGGGAUGUGAUCAAAGCUGUGGCC